AAAGAGAAACACACAAAAUAAGUGUGAGAAACAGUCUCUCUCUCUCUCUCUCUCUCUCUCUCUCUUUGAGUCUUGAAGUCAUCAUGCAGCUCAAAUCAUCAUCACCAUCCUCUUCUUCUUCUUCUUCUUCUCCUUCAUCAUCCAUGAAACUCAAAACGCUAAUCCAAAAUCUCCUCACACACCCUCUCUACCGUUUCCUAAGAGCUCUCGCCAGAGCCAAAUCAAUCUUCUUAGAGAUCUCAAAACACAACAAAAACAACAACAUCAACAACAAGAAACGUAAACUCAUGAUGUUUUUUCCAACAAAGGCUUCAAAGAACCAACGCAAGAUCUUCUUCGGAUCUUUCAGAUUGCAUUACAACUGGUGUUCUUCUCAUGUCGUCCCUGUUCCUCAACCUUUUCCUUUUGACGUCAAAGGUGUGGAAGACAAUGAUUCUCAUCUCUCUGGCUACCUCGAGUGGCUCGAACACAAGGAAGUCGAAGACGCGGAGGAGAUCAGCAGAGAUGUUGGAGCUGAUGAUGAAGAAGAUGAUAUCGAUCAUUUGGCAGAUAUGUUCAUCGCUAAUUGCCACGAGAAGUUCUUGCUUGAGAAAGUCGAAUCUUACAGGAGAUUUCAAGAAAUGCUAGAAAGGGGUUUGUGAAUGAAUGAGUUAUCAGAAGUGAAACAUAGAUUUUGACGAUCUUGUCUGGUUAGUUAAUAAUCAUGUUGUAAAAUCACAAUUAGCUAGUUAAUUUGAUCUGAUAAUAUUACCACAAGGUGGUGAAUUGUGUAUCUUGAAAGUUUUUGGGGUAAUGUGCGAGAGAAGUUGAAACUUUUGGGGGGUAGUAGUGAAACGUUUGAUAUUGUAAAAAAACAAUAAUUGUUGUUGUCUAUCUAAUUGGGCACAUCUAGUUAAGUUGUGUAGUUCUGAUUAGUGUUUGGUAAA